UAACCCUAAAAAAGGGCAGCUCCCACCAUUGUUAGAGCUUAAUUUUUCAUGUUCUAACAUUCAUAUAGCAGAUGUUCAACAGAAGUGUUGUAAGGCAAAUUUCUUCUUGACCGAAUCGAAUCGAAUCGAGUUGGCUUUAUCAGUGUGACAUAAACGAUCAUUCUUUUACCAUAAAUGACAAAAGGUUUUGAUGGUUCUUCUCGUAUUUGGCCAAAUCGACGGUUGAUUUCUCGAUCUGGAUUAUUACCUCUCGUUCGUGUCGAUACUCGAUCCUCGCCUUCACCGGAAUCUCUCGUUACCAUUCCUGAACAAGUCACUCUUGCCCUAAUCAAGUUUCGUAAAAAGAUCAAAAUCUUGAGUUUUAACAUUAGGAACUUGAAAUGGAUUCUGUCGAUUCUGGGACAGAGGUUGCGGUGAAGAUUGCUGCAGGAACUGGCUUGAAAGAUGCUGAAGUAACAACCUUGGAAGAAGCAGAAGCAGAAGCAGAAGCUGUUAAUGAAAACAGCAAAAACGAGGAGCAAAAAACACUUCAAAAUGAGGAAAAUGAGGAACCGAAAGCACUUCAUAAUGUGGAAAAUGAGGAGCUGAAAGCACUUCAUAACGAGGAAAAUGAGGAGCCGAAAGCACUUCAUAAUGAGGAAAAUGAGAAGCCGAAAGCACUUCAUAAUGAGGAAAAUGAGGAGCCACAAGCACUUCAUAACGAGGAAAAUGAGGAGCCACAAGCAGUUGAAAACGAGGAAAAUGAGGAGCCACAAGCAGUUCAAAACGAGGAGCAAAAACCACUUUCAAAAUUUAAGGAACGACCCACAGUUGCAAAGAACAGAGGAGGAUGGAAAAGUGCAAGUCUGUUAUUAGUGAACCAAGCCCUAGCAACCCUAGCUUUCUUUGGAGUUGCAGUGAACUUAGUUCUGUUCUUAACCCGAGUUCUUGAGCAAGAGAGUGCCACCGCCGCCAAUGGCGUUAGCAUGUGGACUGGCACUGUCUACCUCUGCUCCCUCAUCGGCGCCUUCCUCAGCGAUUCUUAUUGGGGCCGCUACGUCACCUGCGCCAUCUUUCUACUCAUUUUCGUACUUGGUUUGGGUCUACUCUCCUUUACCUCUGCUCUUUUCCUCCUUAAACCAGAUGGCUGCGGCAACGACACCCUCAAGUGCAUGCCGACGUCCUCCAUCGGCAUAAACAUCUUCUACUUCUCGAUCUACCUCAUUGCCUUCGGGUACGGUGGCCACCAGCCAACGAUCGCCACGUUCGGGUCUGACCAGUUCGAUGAGUCGAACCCCAAGGGAGUAAAGGCGAAAGCAGACUUCUUUUGCUACUUCUACUUCGCCCUCAAUGCUGGCUCGCUCUUCUCCAACACCAUCCUCGUCUACUUCGAGGAUACGGGAAAAUGGACGCUAGGGUUUCUAGUGUCGCUGUCCUCAGCUGUUCUGGCGCUAAUUUUAUACUUGCUUGGGACCAACAGAUACCGGUACAUGAAAACGUGCGGGAAUCCUCUACCGCGGGUGGCGCAAGUCUUCACGGCGGCGAUUAAGAAGUGGAAGGUGGCUCCGGCGAGUGGCGAUGGGCUUUAUGAAGUUGAGGGGCCGCAAUCUGCCAUUAAAGGGAGUCGGAAGAUCCUCCAUAGCAGCAGCUGUCGGUUUCUGGACAAGGCGGCGACGAUUACAGAGGAAGACAUUGAAGGAUCGAAGGAUCCAUGGAGUUUGUGCACAGUAACGCAGGUCGAAGAAGCCAAAUGCCUCAUCAGAAUGCUCCCGAUUUGGUUCUGCACAAUCAUGUACUCCGUCGUCUUCGCCCAAAUGGCCUCUCUCUUCGUCGAACAGGGCGACGUCAUG